AUGCUGCCAAUCCACGUCAUCCUGAACCUCGUGGUCAUCAUCGGUAUUGCUCUCGCUAGCACUGCUGUGCCUAGUCACUUCCAAGGAAGCUCAGGCCUGCGCCAUGCUGCUCAGGCCUCUGGAACCGGUCCCACUCCGAUUUUCACUGCCUUCAACGACGACCACAUGGCCAUGGAUUCAGACAUCUCGAGCCGUCGCCUCGCCAAGAGAGCAUACUUCACCUGUUGGGAAACCUUGCCCAAACCCCUUGUCACAGAGGACUGCCAGAAAGUCAUCACCGACAUCAGAGCCUACCAGGGCAAUGUGUCGGUAGUCCACGGUAUCUGCGCAACAUGGUACAACGGUACCUGCAAAGCCCAGUUCUGUACCAUGAACAAAGCCCCCAAGCGCGGGAUGAACGUGUCUUCCCAAUGGAUCGCCGACCAUCUCGAAAACCCUCUGCUGGACAGUUGUGUCAGAGAUGGGCAAGACGGUGCGUUAGAUUACGUCGAGAGACAGACUUUGGCGGAGGAAAAGCACAACGGCUGA